GUCGAAGACGGUAUCAAAAACGUCGCGAUCGAACGGACAUAAUUUCAUGCACUCGACAAUAUUGCCGGAGAAAGAGCGCGAAUAAGUGAUGUGGAGGGGGUGAAUUAUUUACGAAGCCCCGCCUCUUUCUCGCGGCGGCCCGCCUAUUGAUCGCGGUGGGCGGAGUCAUCUCCCCCCGGUGGACGUUCGGCGCUAGCGGUAGUCUUCAGUCGUUCACAGGUCGUCGUAGCAACCGAGCCGGGCCGCGCAGUGUUGUGUAGUUGAGCAGUGCUUCCUCGAACUGAGUAACUUUUGAGCAAUUCGAAGAUGAUACAGUGAUUCAAAAGUGAUAAAUAUUUACAUCUUUUUUGUGAUGGUUGGAUACCGGUGUAUUUGCUGACUUUGUACCCCAUCUGUUAGUUUUGUGUUCACACAGUGGUCAGAUGAACAAUAAAGUGUGAAACCCCAUGCUGGACGCUCCGACUAGCAUGACAGUUCUCAACCUGCAUCGACUCCCGUCGCUUCCUAGCAAGAUGGACUCGGAGCAAGAGAGUCCCAGCAAGACGUCGACGCCGAGACAAUCAGAAUCUCCCAGGAUCAGCUUCAGCGUCGCGGCGCUCCUGGCCGACACUAGGCCUAGACGGUCGCCGACACCGGUGCUGGCGUCGUCGGAGGACGGAGUCGAGGAUGACGACCAGGACGACGACGCCAGCGGGGCGGAGGACGAUGUCGACGUGGAGGUCACCGAAGGACCCAGGUCGCCGCCGACGUCUGUUUCGUCCUUCCUACAGCAGCAGCAGGCUGCGCAGGUCGCCAGGUUGAUGAUGCCGGUAGCUCCUGUCAGGCCGACUCCCUUCAGCGCGUUGGCGGCGGCAGCGGCUGCCUACAGCGCGGGUCUUCAGCAGCAGCAUCCCCAGAGCUGGGUCCACGGCCACUACCCAGGGUCGCCCGUGUUUCCGAACUUUGGCGGAGGAUUGUCAGGCUCUCCAGACUCCAACAACGGCGAACCACCAAAACUGAAGUGUAAUCUCCGCAAGCACAAGCCCAAUCGGAAACCUCGCACCCCGUUCACAACCCAGCAACUUCUCAGUUUGGAGAAGAAGUUCAGAGAAAAGCAGUACCUCAGCAUUGCUGAACGUGCUGAGUUCAGCAACUCGCUGCAUCUCACUGAAACUCAGGUGAAAAUAUGGUUCCAAAACCGACGAGCCAAAGCCAAGCGUCUGCAAGAAGCUGAGCUGGAGAAGCUGAGGAUGGCUGCAGCAGUGGCGGCGAAACCUCACCACCCCCUCUAUGGCCCACCACCCCCACAUCUGCAGCACUACUUCCAGCAUCAUCCUGCUGAAGCGCUGCUGCACCCCCACAUGGCCCUGCUGAGGCACCCCAUGGCUCACCUGAUGGGCCCCAUGCCCCCCUCACAUCAUCCCCCUCAGUCGUCUCCAGGACCCCCACCGUCCACUGCAGCGGGCGCAGCAACCCCGCCGUCGGGGAUGUCGUAACCUGCAGUCGCGAGGUGCAAAAACUGAGACUAACUACCGACCCAUCGCGUUCAUACGUUGAUUUUUUAAAAAAUUAAAUUUUCGUUCCUUUAUGAUUAUUUAACAUUUUUUCAUAAUUUUUUGUUAAAUUUAACCAACAUUUCAAGGAACAAUUUUAAAAAGUUGAAUCGGUUGAAUAUUUAAUUUAUGUGCCACAAGUGUAGAUAAUUUUACGUUGUAAAUAAUCAAACGUGUGAUUAUUUAAAACAACCCAGGUGUAGAGACAAAGUUUCCUGAACAUUGUGUGAUAAAAUGGACAAUUUAUGUACAUAAUCGUUGUCUAUCUACUGUGUAAAUAUGUUUCGAACUUUUGUGUAUAUCCUGUAUAGUAUGUAUAUUUUAGGUUAGUGAUAUUUCAAACAGCUAUUUCUGAAAACGUUUUCCACUUGUUGCUGCUGACAAAAUUUACUUUUUUGGAACUACAUUUUAAUUUAAAAUUAUGAUUUUUGUAUACGAUUUUAUGAGUUUUUUUGACGAACCUUACAAUCUAAAUGGAUUGGUUAAACAUUUCUUAACAAAGUCUGUAUUAUGUCGCCAAUCAUCCUUCCACGGUGUUUUGUUCAAUUUUCUCAUUACUGGAGUCAAGCCAACAUUAUACAGUACUGCGUUCAAUCGUCGCCAUUGUUUAAGUCUAACAAGCGUUCAUCUAAAACUGUUCCGUUUCGAGAUUAGAAAGUCUCUCUAUGGCUAAUGAAGUUGUUAAAAUACUUAAAAUGUUAAUGGAACUCUAAUUUGCAAUUUAAAACAAAAACGAAACUUUACAUUUAUGGAACCAGGUAGUAUUUAAGCAGUAAAGGUAUAACAGUCUUUAUCAUUAAUUAGCUGGCCAACGUGGUCCAUUUAUUGAAGUUUGUCAGCUACAAAAGAUUUCAUCGUCAAAAAGCAGUGUUGAAAACCAAAUGAUGAUCGUGUUGUCUAAAUUAUUUUUUCACGAUACUUAUCCUCUUACAAAAUAUCUUAUCUAUAAUUUUCCUUUAAAUGUUUUGCGAUUUCAGUAUUGCAUUUCCAAACGUAAGUUCGCCAUUUGCCAUGAGACUUACGAGUCUAAAAAUGUAUUUGCGUCCUUAUUUAGUAUUCGGUCGUCAGACCACUCCUAAUUGUAAUUUUGUUACCGCAAAGCUUUAUUUAUUAAAACAUAUUGUAAAUAUUGCAAUCCAUUAUCUACUUAAAUGUACUUAAGUGUAACUAGUGUACGAGUAUUAUUUUCCCGAUUUUAAAUCUGUUCACAAUUUGAAAGGGAAGAGCUAUAGGUUCAUAAUCAUUUCUGAAGUUGUAUUGUUGUUGGAAUCAAUAUGAAAUGUAAGUGCAAGUGUAAUUGAGCCAUUGUAGUGACAUAGAUAUGUGCCAUUUUCUAUUGUAUAAAGUGUAAAUUACGCCUUCUUUAGACUUUGUAGAUCUAAAAGUGGUUUAUAUUCUUCAAAAGUGAACGAGACAAAAAUAAACUAUUGUGAACCUACAAA